CCAUUUCCAUAUUCACUUUAAUUUCAUCUUUUUUCUUCUUCUUCUCCUUCUUCAUUUUUUCACCAUUUCCAAAAAAAAAGAGUGAUUAUUACUUAAUCAUAUAAUAAUUAACAUACAAUUUAGCAUUAGUAUUGUGUCAUUAUAAUAAAUGGCAAUUAGCAUCACACACAUUCUAUGUGCCAAGCAACUCAUUAUGAGGUCGUCCUCGAGAACGGGACGAGAGGGCGAAGUCCCGAAGGGUCACUUUGCGGUUUACGUCGGGGGCGAAGGGGAGAAGAAGCGGUUCGUGGUCCCGAUUUCGUACCUAAAGGACCCGUCGUUCCAAUACUUGUUGACCCAAGCCGAGGAGGAGUUCGGGUUCGAUCACCCGACGACCGGCGGGCUCACAAUACCUUGUCACGAGGAUACUUUCGUCGAUAUCAUCUCUAGUUUAUGAGAUGUUACAUUAUAUAUGUUUAUAUACUCCCUCCGUUCUUUUUUAAAUGACAUUAUCGUACGUACAUUGAAACUGAAAUGGAUGAAUGUAGAAAUGAAAUAUGUCUACGUUCAUUCACUUUUUUCAAUGUAUCAAAAAAGUCUGAGUUAAAAAAGAAUAUAUAGGAGUAUUAUUCAACCAUGAAUUGAACUUGUUGAGAGAGAGGGAUUAAUAUCACUAAUCACUAUGAACGGCUUAAUUAGUUUAGUGAAGGGGUUUUUAUUUUUGGCAUAUUUAAGGGUGGUUGCCAACUUGCCAUGUACAUUAAUGAAUAGUAUAAUAGAUU